GAAAAGACACCAGCAGGCGCGCUCGGGCACAUAGGGUGCCUUUGCAUCAGAUUCGGUGGGAUCAGGGCUGCAAAAGUCCGCGCUCUCCGACCUCCCUCGGCUCGCCCUUCUGACAGAACUUUUCAAGACAACUGACACGUCCUAAACAAGGCCAGUGGACGGACAAACCAAAUCCAAAAGGACGCCCAUAACAAAUGUUGUCAAAGUAAAAUAAAAGGGACGCCCAGAGGACCGUAAACGCUGCUCAACUCCUAGGAAGUCUUCCCUUCCGAGCCUCCCUGAGAAUCACCAGACCACAGAGAGACACAGAGAAAGACUACCCCAGGGAGAAAAAGAAAGAGCACGAGAGAGAGAGAGACAGCGAGACAAGAGAGACAGAGAGGGAGAGAGAGACAGUGUUGAGCGCUCUCUAGUAUCCGCCUCCGAGACACACCUGUUUGCGGCUGCAGCCAUGGUCCGCGGUGAGAUGGCUGUGUCCCUCUGGUGAGCGAGGGGACCGGAAGGGCUGGAGACAUGGUGGGACAGAGGCCUGGGGACCGCACUGAAGCUUGUUACUGGAGUCACCAUGGAAACGGUAUGGAGGACCCUGGCCUGCAUCGUCACCAUCGCCAUGGUUGCCACCGAAGUUGUGGAGAAUGAGCCCGCGGGGGAGUUCACUCAGUCUCAAGCUGAGUUUCUGUCCGGCCUGGGCCAGUAUGAGAUCGCCGUCCCGGUGCGGGUGGGGCCCCAGGGGCAGCCCUUGGAAGGGUCAGAGGAGGACGGGCCCCCCCAGGCCCGGAGGCGCCGGCGCAGCGCCGAUGGAGCCGGGAGCCAGGGUUCCUCCUCCCCCCAGAUCUUCUACCAGCUGUCCACGCCACGCAGCGACUUCCUGCUCAACCUCACCCUCCGGGACAACCUGCUGUCCAAGCAGUUCCGCGUGGAGUACUGGAGGAGGGGCCAGGUGGCCUGGAGCCACGCCUACUCGCCCAACUGCCACUACGUGGGACACCUCCAGGACAGGCCCCACUCCAGCCAGGUGGCUCUCAGUAACUGCAACGGCCUGCAAGGGGUGAUUGUUUCAGGCGGCGAGGAGUACCUCAUCGAGCCCCUGGCCCCCGCGACAAACCACAGCAGGGUGGAGAGGGCGGAGGGGCACCCUCACGUGAUCUACAAGAGGUCCUCGCUGCGGCACCAGUACAUGGACCAGUCCUGCGGGGUCAUCGACGAGAAGCCGGGCAAAGGCGUGGCCUGGUGGCAGCGGACUCUGAAGACUCCGCCCCAUCGCGGACAGCUGCCCCUCAAGCGCUCCGUGAGCCGCGAGCGCUACGUGGAGACGCUGGUGGUGGCCGACAAGAUGAUGGUUGGCUACCACGGUCGCCGUGACAUCGAACAGUACAUACUGGCCGUCAUGAAUAUUGUUGCCAAACUGUUCCAGGAUUCUAGCCUGGGCAACGCAGUAAACAUCGUGGUGACCCGCCUCAUCCUGCUCAUGGAGGACCAGGUACCGUCUGCCUGAACUUUCCGGAAACCUUCCAGGGUCUGUGCAGAGAGUCUGCAGAUCCUACCACCC